AUGUCUCCCUCUGCCUAUACUCCCACCGAGGCCGCCGCAAAUGGCGAGCGCCCAGCACGGGCUCUGGCCCGAGGCAUCUACGUGCCCACCGUGGCCUUCUUCGACCCCGAGACAGACGAGCUGGACGUCAAGACAGUCUCGCGGCACGCCGUCCGGCUGGCAAAGGCGGGCGUCGCAGGCCUUGCGGUCCAGGGCUCCAACGGCGAGGCGGUCCAUCUGGCCCACGAGGAGCGCAACACCAUCACCCGGACCACGCGGGCGGCCCUGGACGCCGCCGGCUUCUCGUCCAUGCCCCUGAUUGUCGGCUGCGGCGCCCAGUCCGUCGUCGAGGCCGUGAGCCUGUGCCGAGACGCGGCGGCCAACGGCGGCGACUACGCGCUGGUGCUGCCCCCGAGCUACUACGCCGGCCUGUUCGACGCCGCCACGGUCGAGAGCUUCUUCGUUGCCGUGGCCGACAAGUCGCCCGUCCCCAUCCUCAUCUACAACUAUCCCGGCGCCACGCCCGGCAUCGACGUCAACUCGGACGUGCUGAUCCGCCUGAGCCGCCACGCCAACAUUGUCGGCUGCAAGUUCACCUGCGGCAACACGGGCAAGCUGGGCCGCGUGGCCGCCGCGGUGCGAGCAUCCGGCGAGAACUUCCUGUGCUUCGCCGGCAGCGCCGACUUCACGCUCUCGGCUAUCGCCAGUGGCGCGUCCGGUGUUAUCGGCGGCCUGGCCAACGUCUCGCCGCGAGCCAACGUCAAGCUGUUCCGCCUUGCCGAGGCCGGUCCGGACAAGGCGGCCGAGGCUGCGGCGCUUCAGGCUGUUCUGGCGGCGGGCGACUGGGUUGCCAUCCAGACGGGCGUCGUGGGCGUCAAGGCGGCGAUGCAGUCGUACUUUGGCUACGGAGGAUUCACGCGGAGGCCGUUGCCGAGGCCGGAUGAGAUUAAAGUGAAGAGCAUUGCGGACGGCAUGAAGGAGAUGAUGGACGUGGAGAAUGCGCUGCCAGAUGUUGCGUAG